AAUAAUAAUAAUAACUAGCAUGAUAAUAAAGUAACAAGUAUUUUACAUGCUAUGCUAGUCAGCAUCUUUCACUACCUGUGUAUUCACAUUUUUUUCUUUUUUCUUACAGGCAAUUAUGCUAAUUCUAGUUUCAAAUUUUGAAUCUUGUUUUAUAGCAUAGGUAUUUCUUAGAAUGAUUUCAUCAAUGUGAUAUGAUAUAUUAUGUAUACAUAUUCUUGUAAGAUGAAAAUAUUGCCCUUUAGCAAUCAAACAUUAGACAUCUUAACAUGUAAAAUACAAUUAUUUAAAUAGAUUGCAUAUAAUGCAAUUGCUGAACACAAUGGUAUUCAGCCAACAUAGAAUUUUUCAAAGAUCAUUUCAGCAACAUUUCUUACUACACUCUAAGCAAUUUUUUGAUACUUUUUCCCUCCCAUUUCCACACUCAAAAUUUGGACAAUCCCACUUAAAAAAUUCAAGUCAAAUCAUCUCUUAUCACCUUUUCAAAUGGUUCUUUUUCAAGCCAAGAGAAUCCGCCAUCAUUUUGACUAAACAAAACCCUUUCAAAACAAAAGAUUGCAAGGUCAAUUUUUUGUUCAAACAACGAGAUAGUAAUUGGAAAAAAUCACCGUUUGAAGUGAGAGAAUCCUUUCGUUUAAAUUCAUUUUGUGAUCAAAAUUUUAUUCGACCUAAUUUGGAAGUGAACCAAGAUGAUGAUCGUGAUGAUAACACAAAUCAAAACCACUACAAACUCAAUGAACUAGUUUGUAGAAAACAAUAUUCUAAAUACAAUCUAUUGUGUGCAAGCGAGGAAUUACUCAAGAUGAAUAAAUUUAAUGUGCAUGCAUUAAUUAAUAGAUAUGGGUACAAAGAUUUAAGCUUUAGAAUCAAAGCAAACAAAACAUUUCAAAUCCAUUAUUAUGGUUAUUGCACAAGAGUUGAACCAAAAGACGAUCAAACAAAUGUACAAGGAAAUAAGGAUGAAGAUGCUAAAAAGGGUAUUGAAAAAUCAAGAGAUAUUACAAGAGCGAAAAAACCCUCAAGUGAUGAUGCAAUACAAGCUGCAGCACAACUUGAAAGUUUAAAAGCCCAAGUGAAAAAAAUCCAUGAAGAAAUGCAAGUAAGGAAACUUGAGAGUUGGCCACAAAAAAUUUCUAAACUAGCAAGCAACAUUGGACAUAUUUUGUACAAAAUUGGUCCUACCACAAAAAGACUUUUAUCUAUGAAUAAAGAAGAUUGGAAUACAAAAAUUGGUGGAUGGAAAAGAAUUAUUAAGCUUGAGUUGCAACAUUAUUGGAUUGGUGGAAAGCUUUUAUGGGCCGAUUUGAAAAUAUCGGCUCGGUUACUUUAUAGAUUGGCCGGAGGAAGAAAAUUGAGUAGAAGGGAGAGGGCUCAAUUAAAGCGCACUAUAGCCGAUAUUUUCCGGCUAGUUCCAUUUAUGGUCAUUGUUAUAGUACCCUUCAUGGAACUUUUGCUGCCUUUUUUAUUAAAAAUAUUUCCCACUAUGCUUCCUUCCACAUUCCGAGACAAAAACAAAGAGCAAGAAAAUGCAAACACAAAAUUAGUUGCUCAAGUGCAAUAUGCAAAAUUUCUCAAAGAAACUGUUCAAGAAAUGGCCCAAGAAUUGAAAAAAUCUCCAAGUGAAGAGCUUCGGCGCAAUGCAAGUGAAUUAGAAAGUUUCAUGAACAAGGUUCAUAAAGGAGGAGAUGUGUCAAACAAAGAAAUAAUUGCAUUUGCUAAGCUCUUCAAAGAUGAAUUAACACUUGACAACAUUAGUAGGCCACGUCUUCUUAGCAUGUGCAAAUAUAUUAAUAUUCAACCAUAUGGCACCAAUGCCUAUUUGCGCUUUAGCCUCCGCAAUAAACUUCUUGAAAUUAAAAAGGAUGAUGAGGCAAUUGAGAAAGAAGGGAUUGAUUCACUCUCAGAAGCAGAGUUAAGAUUAGCCUGCAGAGAUAGAGGAAUGCUGGGUAUUCAAUCCAUUGACAACAUGCAUACCCAGCUGCGGGAUUGGCUGGAGUUGUCUCUCACUCAUGAAGUCCCUUCUUCUCUCCUUAUUCUCUCGAGGGCUUUUUUGGUGGUGGGGAAGAUUAGUUCAUUGGGUGCAAUGGAAGCCACAUUGUCAUCUCUUCCAGAUAAUGUCAUUGCCUCGGUGGAUGUAUCAACUAAAGCAACAGAGCUUGAGUUGGAAGAACAUAAGAAGAAACUAGAAAUCUUACAACAACAAGAAGAGCUCAUCAAGAAAGAAAAAUGAAGAACAUGGAAGGAAAAAUCAAUCGCAAAAGCCCAAGUUUUAAAAUUUGACUAAUUGUAACCUUGUAGAACAACUUAUAAGAAUUAAUUAACUUUUCCAACAGAUAACUUAACAAAGGUCAUGACACAUCAAGUUUGAGGCUGAAAUUGCAUAACUUACGUCAAACAAGUUUCAGUCUCUAUACAAAAUUGAACAGUGACAAAAGCAGGAAGGAUGAAAAAAGCAUGUGAAUCCUCAACCUCAAAGUAAAGAAAAAGACCCAAGAAGCAUGUUUCAUUUGAUUAAAAUUUCACAAUUUUCUUUUAAAAUGAAGUCCCCUUAGGCCAUUGAAACAAGGACAAUUUACUUGAAGCAAAAUAGAAAGUAUAGUCAUCUUUUGUUUCAAAUUUUUGUGUUAAGUUUGAAUUAAUAUUCAGAUGCAUUUGUGGUGGCACUUUUUAGUCCACUUCUAUUCAUUAGCUUCACACCACUCCACUUCAUGGUCAUCACAGCUUUACUUUUGUUAAUUAGUUAGUUCAUUUGUUUAUUGUUUCUCUUUUAGAUGCACUUUAGAUCUCAAAUUUUACUUUCUGUUUUAUAAUACUCUUUAAAUACAAAUGUUUCCUUUCCGCAUUA